AGUUCAAAGCGCUUUCAUCGCUCAGCGAGGACCCCGCCCGCGCUGUGCCGCCUCCCCCGCCGGAGGGACCCCGAGAGCGGCAGGGCAGGAGGGGCCGGGGCGGGGCCGAAGCGAGCGGCCGGGCUGGGCGCGCACCGGGAGAAGGAGCCGCCCGGGAGCGGAGCGGGGCGCGUUCGGGUGCCUGGCUCGCUCCACGCCCGCUGGCGGCCGGAGUUUGCGCUCCGGGGGCUCGGCGGCGCGACGCCCCGGGAUGGGGGCUCCGCGCUGGGCGCGGCUCUGCCUCCUGCUCCUGGCGGCGGUGACGCUCUGGGUGCUCCUGUGUGGGCACGACCGAGACGCGCAGGCUUCCCCGAAGCCCAGCCUGCUGCAGCAAGAGUCACUGCCAUUGGUGCCUGGAGGGUUGUCCCGAAAUGCCGGGAGCCAUGGCCUGAGCAGAGAAAGCAGCAUGGACAGAGAGAAGCCAUCUAAAUAUUCUUCGGAGCCUGGCAAGGCUAAAUCCACCAAGGAACAGGCCAGCUCGUGCCCCCAGUCACUGACGUCAAUAGUGAAGGCGGACCCCAGGUUCGGGAAGCUCUUUAGAUUCCACAUCCCAGUGCUGAUGUGGGCACGGCACUUCACCCAGGAGACCUGGGACAGACUGAAGGAGCGCAGCGUCCCGUAUGGCUGGCAGGGCUUGUCCAACACAGCCAUUGCCUCCACCUUGCAUCUGCUCAAUGACUCUGCCAACAGCUGGCUGUUCGACAAAGCCAGGUUCCCUGAAGGCUGCGUCCGCUGCGCCGUGGUCGGGAACGGAGGGAUUCUCAAUGGAUCCCGGCAAGGCAAGGAGAUAGAUGCCCAUGACUUUGUUUUCAGGCUAAAUGGGGCUGUGAUCAAAGGCUUUGAAGAAGACGUCGGGACCAAGACAUCAUUCUAUGGUUUCACGGUGAACACAAUGAAGAAUUCCCUGAUCGCCUACAGAGAGUAUGGCUUCAUCCAGAUACCCCAGUCCAAGGACCUGCAGUAUAUUUUCAUCCCCUCGGACAUACGCGAUUACAUCAUGCUGAAGUCAGCCAUACUGGGCAGCCGUGUCCAAGAGGGUUAUGACAAAGGCGAUGACCCACGGACGUAUUUUGGACCAGAGGCAUCUGGAAAAAAGUUCAAGCUGCUGCACUCAGAUUUCAUACACUAUCUAACACUGAGAUUUCUGAGAUCUGAAAUAAUAAAUACUCAAUAUGGGUAUCUCUACAUGCCCAGUACUGGUGCCCUCAUGCUACUGACAGCCCUCCAUACCUGUGACCAGGUCAGUGCCUAUGGAUUUAUCACGGACAAUUACCGAGAGUUUUCAGACCACUACUAUGAGCGAAAGAAGAAGCCUCUGGUGUUCUAUGCCAACCAUGACAUGCUGCUGGAGGCGGAGCUGUGGAAGAGCCUGCACAGGGCAGGCAUCAUGAAGCUGUAUCAGCGGUGAAGCUGGGUGGUACAUCCCUUGGACUCUUGCUGUAACAAAAGUAGUUUUUCUCCUCUUCCCCAAGGGCUCCAUUCUCCCUGGCAGGGGCUGUCCAGAAUUCAUGGGCAAAGGUGGCAAACUGAGAGCUCACCCAAAACCAGCCUUACAAGCAGGAGCAGAGGGCGAAUGCAUGAAUUGCAAGACUGCCUUCUGCAAGCAUGGGGUGCUGCCUGGAGGAUUUUGCUCAGAUGUUGCUGAGAUGGCAAAGCAAGUGGGGUGAGGUCUCUCUCCAAGGAACCUGCUGAUUGGCUCGAGACAACAAAUCCCAGACCCUGCCUUUGUCCCAGAAAUGCCCCAGUUCCUCCCAUCGAAUACGACACCUGCAAGGAGCAACUUCUGACACUGGGAAACGAAGAGGGGAUUUCAGAAGCAAUAAGCCUGAAUGUUUGAUGCGCGUCUCCCAAAGGGGCGUGAUAGCCCUGAGAGAAGACGCUCGCUCCCCAGCACAUGCCAGCUUCUCAUUGCCUUCCUUUGAGUAUUACAUGCAGAGCACAGAAUGUGGCUGUGGAAAAUACCCAGCCUUCCGGUCCCACCUUUCCAUCACACACAAGGGUCUGCCACAACCCCGAAGAGCCUAAUUUGUUGUGUUCAAACUCCUUCAUGGAGGGACACAUCACAGCCACAAUUCUAUAGCUGAGACCACCUGGAUGGAGCUUGUGGACAUUGCUCCUCAAUAGAUUGGGUGGGUAGGUGAAGAGCAUUGUGGCCAGGCAGCCUUAACUGUAUGAAGGCCCCCCGAGCCAACAUAUGCACAUACGCUCCACUUUCCAGACAGAUCUCCCAUCACUAGCAGCAUAUAGCAGAGGCUGACUGCCCUCUCCAACAUGUGUUUCAGCCACACUCCUGGGGCUUUCACUCCACAUUGAUGUCAACAGGUGAGGGUGGGGUUGUCAUAGCUUAAUUAGGCCCCCCACAGGAAAUUGGGGCAGGUGGACUUGGUCAAAUGGGAGGAGUUGAACUAUGCAUUAUUUUGCAUUGCAAACCUAGGGGCACCGUGUAUAUUCAGAGGAGGAGCCCCAGCCCUUGUACAGAUGGAUGGAACCCACCACUCCAUUAAUACUAAAUCCCCCUCAAGCUAAAUAAAAAACCCAACUAGCCAGCAGUAAGGAGGGAAAAUUCUUUAACCAUGAAGCUACAUUUUGUAAGUUAAUUACAUGUAACUAGGAAGAGUAGAUCAGCAACAGGUUAGUUUUGUUCUACAGGGAGGUUGCAAUGACUAGUGAUGGAUGGAUGCUAAAGCACAAUGGAGGAGUGCAAUUUGAAACAUUUUCCCACUCUGUAUAAUUGCAUAAAUGUUGAAUGAUC